UGCUCAAUUUCGAUAUAAAAUGGGAGUUUUUAAGUCGAUUCUGACCUAAAAAGUACAUUAAUAGAAUGUGUAAACUACCGAAAUUUAAAUGUAAUGAGAAAAAAAUUCGAAAAAAUCUCUUAUGCGAAUAUGAGCCAAAUAUCAGACCCCUACGAUGCGCGAGAGCGAAGCUAACGGGAUCGCGAGGCGGAGGGUGUGUCCUGAUGUUAUACGUCAUAGAAGUAGUCAAUUCAUGGUUAAGAGCUUGGAAAAAAGUAUUAAUUUUAAUAUAAACAAUGUGUAUCUUUGACUUAAAAUAAAUUGUGAGUCCAUUGUUGAUAGAAUGAACGGCAGAACACCUGCCUCUGAAAAUUGCACAAGCGAGGCGGCAGUAUAUUUCCUAGCCCCACGCUUUCUCCAAGUACGUUUGUUGAUUGUUGACAACGAGCACAUGUUCCUUCGCGCCAUAUGACGUAGUUUCUCACGUGAGGUCAAAGGUGAGAUGUUAUCCUGUCGUCUGCUGGCGAAUAGACAGAUGUGUGUGGUCAAAAUGGACCAAAUUUAAUUAAGUACUAUUAACUUACCAGUGACUUUAUUCCUGACCUCAUCUUCUACAUGAAGGCCUUAUCAUGGAUGAAGGAGCAAAGCUGUUUGCAGGGUUUGAUGACAUUAUCCAUGGACACAAAAACAGUAAAUCAGCCUCCUUGGAAAUCAAUUUUGCAAAGAUAUAUCCCCAAUCUGUGCCGGUUUAUAACCGAAUCAACUGCCUGAAGCAAUACCUGUCAAAAGUUGAUAAGCUGGUCAAAAGGUGCAGAGAGGAUGAAGCAACAUUCUGUUUGCUUUUGGAAGCAGGACUUCCCAAUUUGAUGGUGGAAUCAAUUGGUGUCUUCAGUGAAGUAUCCAACCUAGAAGGUGUAGCGCCUUUGCUCGAGGAAUUACUGGACACAGUAAAUCUGAUUUCUGAAUCUGGAGCAAAUGGGCAAGCCUAUAUGCUAAAAUCUGUCUGUGGACCAUAUUUGGAUCUUCUUUUAGGAGACUUCUGUUCCUUAUCUCAGAAAACAGAGAUCAGUAGAUCACUGAACAUCAUUCUUGAGACCUGUCCUUUUGCAAUAAAGGAAAUUUUGUUGAAGAAGAUGGAAAUAAUUGAGAAAUUACAGCGUUUAUUUCAGCUUAUCGUAACAGUUGGAGACUAUGAAUUUCAAAUUGGAUUGUUAGAGUGCGUUUUUCGUCUUGUGCCCCGAAAAGUGAGAGCUCAGUAUGCAUUGAAGUUCAUACAGAGGUGCUUUUUGGAUAGUUUCUUGGAUAUUCGUGAUGCCAAUUUUGAAACAGAUUGCAGAGUGUUUUUGAAUGAAGUCAACAGAGCAGCAGGAAACAACAGCAGAGUCUACUCAGUUCCAUGUGAAAAGGCAAUCUUUGGGAUGAGAAAGCUCAAUAAACCUAAUGAUGAUGAUUAUAAUGAAUUCUGGGUAGACUUCAACUAUGGCACAAGGCGCAUCACAUUAUUCUGUGAACAAGACAUCAUGGAGGUCAACAGUCAGAAUAGUCAAGGGGAACUGGAUUUGUGGGAGACAGUCAGUGUAUCGUUGGGUGAUGUGAAGUGUUACAGCUACACAGAACAGGACAACGUUGGAAUCUCUUCAAUUGAACUGAAAAAGGACAUCAACUCACUAUAUCCUAAUAUGAUGCAGUGUAGUGGAAAGCACUUUGAGUUAUUUGUGCAAACCAAAUACAACCCAAGAAAAGCUCUGAUGUCUGUGUUUGGAAGUGAAAAGUGCACAAAUAGGAAAGCUUCUGCCGUCAUUUCACCUCUGCUAUUGAAUGUGCAGACAGAUCACUAUGAAGAGACUGAAUCUCCAUUAGGCAGAAGGUUCAUACAUGAAGGUCCUGUGACAACAUUACAAGACAACUCACAUGAAAGUCUUAAGAACCUCACUCCACUGCGCACAAAGAUAUCUGUGCCCUGUAUACCCAUGUCAACACCAGCCAGAUCACUGUGCUCACAAGAACAAGAAGAGGAACAUGUAUCAUCUGCACAAAACAUACAGAAGAUACAGCAUACAAGAACAGACAAUAAAAGCAAAACAUCCCAAACAUGCCAACCAUGCCAACCAUCUAAGUCACAGCACAAGGACGGUACUUUUGAUGCACCAAAAACACCCAGUGACAAAUAUGUUAGGCCAAAGGUGAAGACACCAGUUGUGACAAUUAGAGAAGGUUGCUCCAAGAAAAUGCAGAAGGAUAGGAAAAUGAAGAAAAAGGGAAAACAAGAUGAACAGAAAACAGAUACACAUGAUAUGCCAUCAGAUAAACGUGAAGAAGAUGAUGUUAUUCCCGAUUCUUUGCCUACUUCAAAUCACCAACACAUAACAAUUGCUGUCCAUCAAAAGUCCCAGAGGAAUGCAUGCUUAAGUGACAGCGGGAUAGAUUUGACUGAAGGAGAUGCAUUGCGACGUGACAAGGGUGAUGUGUUAUCCAAGAGUCAAAGCAAGAAAGAGAAAAAUUCCUGUUUUGAUUUUACGGGUGACAUUGAUGAUGACUUCAAAGACAAACAAAUCUCACAAGGAAAGAAUAAGCUUUUGAAAAAGAAGAAACAAGGGAAAAACAAACCAACAUCAGAAAAGGAUGUUUCUCCAAUAUGUCAGGAAAAAGAGAACAAUUCAGUGAUUAAACUGAAAGAAGGGAAUAAGAUAGACAACAGUGUUCAACAAAAUUACCAUGAAAUUAGUCGAGCUGCUGAAAACUCAACACCACAAUCCUCAGAUCUUCCAUCAUCAUUUGAGGUAACUGUCAUUCAGGAAUCUCAAUAUGUGUCAACUGAGACAGGUAUAGAAGGUUCAAGUGAUGUUCAAGAUACUGGUAAACACACAGACAGCUUAUACAGCUCCACAAUUAAUACCAAGUCAAGCAUGCAUGUGAACACACUGCAAACUACAAAGGAGAUGUCUGGAAAACAGAAAAUGAAACUCUCAAGAAAACAGAAAAAGAAACUGAUCCAUCCCAAAGAUAGAGUUCAAAAUCUAAACAGAAAUGAAGAGUCUUUAACUGAUGAAUCAUCAGUACAAUCUGAUGUGUCAAAACAACUCACUGAGGCUCCCAUGAAAGCUACAAGAAAAAAACCUUCGCCUUCUGAUAUAGACAUGAAAAACAAGCCUGCAAUGAAGGAAAACACUACUAAAAAGGAUUCUCACCAUUCAAUGUUGAAAAGAAGUCUAUCAAGCCCUUGUCUUAUUUUGAAAGAGAAUGCUGGCAAAAUAAGAAGCAUGAGCAAAGACAAUCCAACAACAAAGAAGGAGAGCAAAUGUAAAGAGAAAACUGGUUUGGCUAAAGGAGUAGUGCCUAAGGUAUCUAGUUUAUCUUCAGAUACAGAAGUGGAAAAAGAAGCUGUUCACAAGAAGAAAUCUCUUGGAAAAACCUCCACGUCAAAGCAGAAUGCAAAGACUAGUGGGAGUCAUAAGGUAGAACAGGAGGAAGCUAAGGAGCCACAGCUAAUAGAAACAAGAAGUCAACACUGUAAAAGAGUAUUGCCAAGUCGAAAAGCUAAGGCUAAACAGAUUGAUGUUUAUAAAGAAGAAUUCAGUAGUUCUGAAAAUGUUGGAAAUCUAUUUGAAAGCCCAUUUAGCAUGGCAGAUGAUGAUGUUAACAAAGAUUUGCCAACAGAAUCUUCCCAAGCAACCAAGAUGUCUUCAUUUGUUAAACCAAAGAACACGCACAGAUUGCUGUCUCAGUCUGGUUUAUACUUUCCAGAACUUUCAAGUAAUGCCAGCCCUGCGAGUGAUCCAUAUGAUUUUGAUAUGGAAUCUGAAGAUCAGCUUUACCCUCAGUUUCAGACUAACAGUAAUCCAGCCAAAGCCACUGAUACUGGUGAUAGCAACCAGACUAAUAAAGAAAAUGGUAUGAAGGAGACAAUUAUGAAAACUUCAAAGUUUUUUAAACACAGAUCAGAAGUUGGGAUUAAUAUAAGUUCAGAGACUAUUGCAACCAAUUACAUGAAAACUUGGCAUCAAAAGUUGAAUAAGAAGGGUGGAAAGUCUGGAGUUUUAUCACAAAGUUAUAUGAGUUGGAAGAGUGUGGACAAAAAUAUUAAAAGCACCAAAAAGGAAGACAUUAGCAGAGAAAAAAGUGGACAAAAAAAUAAUUCCAAAACAAAGCAACAGAAUUAUGUUGAAGAAACAUCUAUCUGCUCAGAAAGAAGAGUGUCCAGAGUUAAUGCUGAUAUUGUGAAAGACACUGAAACAAUUCAGAAUGAGUCAACAGUCUCCUCAAGAAAGAAAACCAAAACUCCAAAAUUCACAUUGUUUAAUCCUGAAUUAUCUGUGUUGUUACCAACAAAAGAUGGAAAUGCUGAAUUGAAAAAUAUUUGUGAGGAGAAAAAUGAGAGUCUCUUCCCGAAAAAAGAUCAACCUGAACACAGACCAAAGAAGGGAAAGGCAAUGCCGAAACACUGUGACAAGAAGUUAGAAGAACAAAAGAGGACUUUUGCGGCAGAUGCACCUGAGAAGAAGAUGCACGGUUCAAAAUCUAGAUGUAAAAACAAUAUUUCUGAGACACUGGAGAGUAAAAGUUUAGACAGAUAUGAAAAUGGUACCUCUAAUGCUGUUGUUGUUGAAAAGUUCUCAGCAAUUUGUGAGUCACUAGUUGAGCAGUCUUCCUUAGAAAUAGAAGACUUGGACAAGAAGUUGAAUCAGUGUGAUGUGGAACCCAAGACAAGCUUACAACAGAAGGUGACUGAAUGCUCAGAUGAAGAAUAUCGACAGAACAACUGUUCAAUAGUAAAUGAUUUGAAAAGUGAAUUAAGUUGGAUAGCUAAGCGAUCAACUGCCAAGAGAAAGAAAAGUCAGAAAACGUACAAGAGAAAACCUGUCAUGAAAGAGAGAAAAUGUAGGCUUGCUGACAUGGAUAGUGAGGAUGAGAAUAGAGAUGAAGAAGAUGGCAAAGAAGAUGAUAAUGGUGGUGACAGUGAUGAUGACAUUUCCCUCAUAAGGAGAGAGGAGGAGGAUCUAAUUUUGUCACAGGAUUCUGAAGCUUCAGCAAGAUCUGCAAAAGGUGAACUCACAAAUGUGUCCACUCUCGUUCAUUCAGCAAUAACUCCAAAACUUUUACAAAGAGGAACACCUAAGAUACCUAGCUCAAAGAGACGGUACAGUCCACUUGAUGUUAAGUUCCUUGCCACACCAAAGACCCCCAAAACACCUUCCAGUUUCCAUUGGUCUGAUGAUGAGGAUAGAACUGAAUCGGAUACAGCUGAUGUUGCCAUUACUCAACAGUUAGAGGUCUAUAAAGAAUAUUCUCUUCCACUCAAAGACCAUGAAAGCGUGCCUAAACUUCUUAGCCGGUGUGCAGACAAAAUGAUAACAUCAGGUCCAUCAUCUACUGUGCGUCCACGUCGAUCUGCUCUCAAACGGAAGUAUGCACAUCUGGAGAUACUGGAUGAGAGUGAAAGUGAUGGCAUGUUGUCUUCUGAAUCGGAUCCCCACAGUGAUGAUGAGAGAAGUUUCUGCCCAAGGAAAUUAUUUAGGAAAGAUUUACCAGAACCUGCUUCUAAAGACAAUUCACCAAUAGUACAAGAUGAGGAAGAAAAUAUUCUAAAGAGACUACCUUCUAAGAAAGCAGAGACCCUUGUGAAGUCCCGUCUGACACCAGUUCCACCUAGAUACCCUCCAUACCAGCAAACUGAGGAUGAGUCUUCUACACAAUAUUGUGAACUAGACUUGGUGAUGGAUCUUAACAGUGACAGAGGAAUAAAUACAGGCAUUUCAACUUACAUACAGUCAUUUGGAAUGGACAUGCAGAAACAACUGAAGGUUAAACAUCAGCAGCUAACUGAGCUCACCAGAGGGGCACUACGAAAUACUCAGAAACACAUCUAUAAUAUCUGGACAUCUGAAAGCCAAGACAGGGGUAGAGCACUUGAACACUUCAAUGACAAGAUGCUUGAAGAACUACUCUCCCUUGAAGCAGAUGUAACUGCAUUGAAGAAUACAGAAGAAAAAUCUUUAAUAUUCUGUCAAGAACAGUUGCAGGCUAUGGAGAAGCACAAACUUUCACAGGAAAUAAGAUUAAGAAACCUGAAGCUGCUGCACUCAACACUUGAUGACAACCUCAAAGAAUCGGAGGUUAAAGCUCAGAGCCAACAGCAUAACCUGAAGCAGAUUAUGAAGAAAGAAAUGGCAGCCCUCCAGAAGAAACUCUUGUUGGAAUCUAAUCAACACCAAAUAUCAAAUGUCAAAAGAUGCCUCAAAAGUAUGCUGUUUUAGAAGAAUCUGCAAAUGUGGAGAGAAUUAUCAGAAUAAAAGCUCAGAUUGUUCAGUAGAAUAAACUGCUUUAAUUGAAAUGUAAUAGAAAUGGCUAUGACAUUGAUUCAUAAAGCCUAGUUUCAAUUCUGUUAUGCUACAUACAUGUACACUCAUAUUACACUCUCUGAUAUUUUCAAGGGUUAGAACUUACCACUACACCUCCAGCCCAUGGUUAGUACAAGCCUCCAAUUUGCCCAAUUGUUUUAACGUUACAAGGGUAUUGUAUCUUUACCUGGUCUAGUAAAACUUUUGAGUUUUAUUCUAACCAUGGCUUAUCAAAGAUACAUAUCAUUUUAGAUAGCAUGGUUAGGGGUGAAAAAUAAGGAAACGUAGGUAUGUUCAGGCUGAAAGAAACUCAAUUUUUUUGCUAUUACAUGUAUAUAUAUAUGACAUAGGAACCAGUGUGAUAAAAAAGAAUGUAAACUUACUUACUGUCAGUUACAUUUUCAGACAAUUUCAUUGUUAUUGAUAAUAUUAUGUGAUCAGUUUGAGAAUACCACUGAACUAUAGUAUGGUAAUUUGUCAAAAGUGAAACUCGUGAAAAGUCUUCAUUAUGUAUGAACAAAUAGCCACCUACCUAACAUGAAAAAAGUGCCCGCAACAUAUAUUGAUUCAUUUCUAAUCAUAUUAUCAUGCUAUUAUUUGAACUGUGUUAUGUAUUAUUACAAAGAGUAACAUGGAAACAUACCAAAACAAAAUCUUCAAUUGUCGUUAAUUAACAAAUUUGUAUUUACAUUUACUGUAUUGAGGGGAUUAAUAACAUGACUGAAUGUGUGUUUAGUAGUGGUCACCUUAAUAAACAUGGGCAAAAUGUACCUGAAUAAUACUCUUGCUAUUGUUUUAGUUAGAGGGAAAAAAAUGUAACUAGGCAGGAAGAAUUUUGAAGCUCUAUUCAAAAUGCUUUCAUGCUAUGCAAUAUUCUCUUUGCCUAAGAACUAAUAAUAUAUUGCAGUUUUAUUAUGUACACCCUUGUUUGAUAUACCAUGAACUGCUGAGCAGGAUUCCUACACAUAUUUCUGUCUCUUUAUAGCAACAAAUUCAAAGAUCUGUUAUCUAUUCAUAUACAUUAUUGUAUUCAUUUGAAUAUAAGGGUACAUGUUUCUUAGUGUUAGUCUCCCUUUCUCAGAUUUUGAAUUACAUAUACCCUGUGGUUCAGUUUAAUGUUUGUUUCAGUGUUCUACAUUGUUUUACCUCAAAGGUCACGCAAUGAAACAGGUUAAACAAAUUGAAUUAGGCCUGUCAGUUUUCAAGCAGAAAUUCACAUAUGCAAAUUCAAGUUCAUGAUAUUACAUUUCAUGCAGAUAGUGAUGCAUGUUCAUACUGGUCACACAUAAAUCUCUUUAUCCAAUUGGGGAAAUAAGCACAAGAGGCUAGGACAUUAAAAUACCGUAUUCGACGUAAUAA